AUGUGUCAGGCCCCUGUGCUUAAGCUUCCAGAUUUCACUCAACCCUUUGAGGCAGAGUGUAAUGCUAGUGGAGUUGGUAUUGGGGCAGUUUUGACUCAAUCUAAGAGACCAAUUUCAAAAUUGAAUAACAGGCAUGCUAAGUGGGUGGAAUUCCUACAAUCUUUUGACUUUGUGGCUAAAUAUAAGAUUGGUAAAACAAACAUUGUGGCUGAUGCUCUAAAUAGGAAAUAUCAAUUGCCUGCACUGUUAGAGUCCAAGUUCAUAGGGUUUGAAAUGAUUAAACCUCUGUACAUAGAGGAUCCUGACUUUAAAGUCAUUUACACAGAUUGUCAAUAA